AUGCCAUUAUCGACGGGUUCAAUCGAUUCGGGAUUCAUCAAAUCGAUGACUGAUGAAGAAUUAUCAUCAAGUGCCUCAUCUUUUACAUCUUCCUCACUGAAAUCAACAAAUGUGCAAAAAAAGACGAGAAUUCGAAGUCGUAAAAAUCAACGAAAUUAUCAUCGACAUAAUAAUCAUAUGAAUAAUACAAAUAAUAAACUUUCCUCAUCAUCUUCAUCUUCUUGUUGCUCGAAUUCAAUCGCUGGAACAUCUGAAAAUAGCUGGAAUUGUUUGAAAAAUGCGUCAGUUGAAGAGCUUGCCAUUCGUGUUUAUUUAUAUUUCAAAUCAUUGCUUUUGGCGGUUAAUAAACAACGACAAAUUUGUGAGAAUAUUGCGGUUUUGAUGUCGGAUAUUGAUGCGAGAUGGGGAUAUUCUCCCACAGAUCGAAAAGGAAAUCGAAAAUAUUUGGAUCCGCGUGGAUGUUUGGCACCGAUUUAUAAUAAUAAUGAUGGAAAGUUUUGUCAAUGUGAAAAAGAACGAUGUGGAUGUCGUUUGGUGAAAUCGGCGCGAUUUCCGGCGUGUUGGGCGGUUCCGCAACCCGCGGUUUUUUAUCAUUUGAUGGCGAAUGAUAUUCAAGAGUAUUUGAGGUUUUUGGAAAAGUGAGUUUUUGUUUUUUAAAAUUUGGAAAAAGUUACGCUGAAAAUGUUGAAUCUGAUUUGUUUUCUUGAAAAAAAAUUAAUUUUGAACCUAAUAUUGGUUUUUCUGAUUGAAAAAACAAGCUCUGAGGCCGGAUUCAUAAAAUUAGUUUUGAGAAAAAAUUAGGUGUACCAAAAAUUUUGUUGAGCAAUUGUUGCCUCUGAUUCUGAAUUUUGAAAAAUCUUGAUUUUUCGGAAAUUCUAUUUGGAAUUUUCAGACAUACAAAAGAAUUUAAAAAAUCUAUCCCGAUCCUCAAUGUUUCUGACCUGUGACACACUUUUUCUCUUUUUUUUUCUGUUUUUUUUUGGUAUUUUGUUGUAAAGAAAUAUUUCUAAUUCUAUUGUAAAAUUAUCGUCUUUUUUGGUAUUUUCAUGAAUAAGAUUGAUUAACUUGUGAAAAUAGUGCGAUUUGGGAGAAAUUACAAUGAAAAGGAAACUCUGGUUGGAAAAAUCCAAUCAUGAAAAAUCAAAUUUUCGGGCUGAAUUUUCAUCUCAAAAAUAUUUAUAAUUUUUCCAGAAUUAAUCCAAAUGUUAAAAAUCAACUUCAUGAACAUCAACAACAAAAUCCACAUGUCCAAAAUCAACAUCAAAUGACACACGAAGAAGUGCUCUUCUCGAUUCAGAAUUUGCAAAUGCAAGGAGCACAGGUUAUGCAUCCUGGAAUGAUGCCAUAUUAUACUGGUUGGUUUCUUUAGACUAAUUUUUGGUCAAAAAUAGCUGAAAAUUUGGAUUUUUAGUCCUGGAAUUGAUUUUGAAACUAUGAAAGAUGCUCAAAAAGGAAUGGGUUUAACACCAAAAAUUCACUGUUUCACAAUUUUCUCAAAUUUAUUUUUGAAUCAAAAUGUUUGGUAAUUGAUAGAUGGGUGUUUGAAUUUUUUUUGAAUUUUGGCCCUAAAACAACAUUAAUCCAAAUUCUGAAAUUCAUAUGAAAUCGCUUGAAAAAUUUGAAAUUUUAAUCUGAAAUUUGCUGUUUCAAAAAUAUUUCAAAAUUAUUUUUGUUGAGACAAAUUUUGUUCCUUGCAUGAGUUUCUAAAAAAAUAAUUGGGUGAAAAAUAUUUUUUCUUCGAAUAUUUUUAUCAAAAAAUAAAUAAAAAUUAACCAAAAAUAAAAAUUUUGAUGGUGAAAUAUUUACUGUUUCAAAUGUUUUUGAAAUUAUUUUUUUGUUUGAAAAAUUGAUGAUCAAACAAAUAUAUCUUACAUAUUAAAAACAAGAAUAAUGUUAUGCUUCUAGGUCAUCCGUAUUCGAAAUAUUCGGGUUCCGAAGAGACUUCUUCUAAUGGUUCAACUCCAUUCAAAGGCGCACGUCAAGAUCAACAAAAUCAUGUUGCACCUCCUCCACCUACACCUUCUUCUCAAAAUAAUGCCCAAAAUCAUCUUGAAAUUAAUGAUGAAAGUGGGCGAAAAUUGGACAUAAAACCAUUGAUGGAGGAAUAUGAGCAGCCGAAUAAAGUCGGGUAUCAAAAUCGAGGAACAACAUCGAGAAAUAGCGAAAAUUCGGAUAAUGGUUAG